AUGGCUUCCCGGUCAACAUGCAUCUUCUGUCCCCUCGAACAAAAUACCGAUGGAUGUAUGAUGGACACACGUCUGGUCGCUGUCACCACUACUCCGACCGCGUCUCGAGAGCAAUGCGAGUGGCAGCACUCGCACUAUGUGAAAAAUGCCUCAAACCUAGGCAUGAAAGCAGAUGCGAUGUCUGCUGCUCGAAUUGUGGCAAAGAUCACGAAUCCUUCCUCUACCCCAAUAGAUAAGGGCCAUCAUAUCGGAAUGUAA